UCCCACUUGGAGUCUUCGGUUGUGUGUCCCGCAGGCAGGCGCAGCUCUGCGGACGCCGCUGGAGGGCGGAGGGGAGGCGGAGUUCGGCGCUGCAGCGUGCAAUCCCGGCCGGCUGCAUUCCGGACCGAGUGGGGGCCAGGCGCCGGGCUGAGGUCUGCCGGAGCCAGCGGGCUACCUUUGAGCCGAGUCAGCGUCACCGUCGAACCUAAGUGAGGGGGCACAGGGAAGAGCCCAAGAGGGCUCUGGGGCUCUGGAGGGGGCUUCGUGGAUGCGAGCUGGGGCCCUGCUCGCCAUGGGGGAGGUGGAGAUCUCUGCCCAGGCCUACGUGAAGAUGUGCCUGCACGCCGCCCGGUACCCGCACGCUGCUGUCAACGGGCUAUUGCUGGCGCCGGCGCCGCGGUCGGGAGAAUGCCUGUGCCUCACCGACUGUGUGCCCCUAUUCCACAGCCACCUGGCCCUGUCUGUCAUGCUGGAGGUCGCUCUCAACCAGGUGGAUGUGUGGGGCUCCCAGGCCGGGCUGGUAGUGGCUGGGUACUACCAUGCCAAUGCAGCUUUGGACGAUCAGAGCCCUGGGCCCUUGGCCUUGAAAAUCGCUGGGCGGAUUGCAGAAUUCUUCCCUGAUGCAGUACUUAUUAUGUUGGAUAAUCAGAAACUGGUGCCCCAGCCUCACGUGCCCCCAGUUAUCGUCCUAGAGAACCAUGGUCUCCGCUGGGUCCCCAAGGACAAGAACUUAGUGAUGUGGAGGGACUGGGAAGAGUCACGGCAGAUGGUAGGAGCAUUACUGGAGGGCCGGGCCCACCAGCACCUUGUGGACUUUGACUGCCACCUUGAUGACAUCCGGGAAGACUGGACCAACCAGCAGCUCAAUGCCCAAAUCACCCAGUGGGUUGGUCCCACCAAUGAAAAUACCUGAGCCAGGGCCAGCGGGGAGGCUCAGGAUCCAAUAAAGAGACUUGGGUUGUUGGGCA